GCGAGAGGAGGAGGGGUGGGGCGAUCCCUCGCAGGAAACGGCGCGGUCGGGCGCAAGGGCUGCCCUUGGAAGAGGCAUCGCUCCGUCAUGGCGCCGCGCACGUUCCCUUUGGUCAAGUUGACGGCCAAAGCAGGACUGGCCGGCGGUGCCCUUUACCUGGUUUACUCCCAGGGGCUGCUGGGGAGCAGCGAUAAAGGCGCCCACGCCCUCCACAAAGCCAAAGCAGCUGUUCCUCCGGCAGUGGAAGAAUGGACAAAGUAUUUCGGUUGGCAGCUUCCAGCGGUUCCAAAAACUGAAUUUUCCCUCUGCAAUGCCUGGAACUCAGGUACAGUGGGCUAGUAUAGAUGGAUACCUAUCCUGCCCGGGAUUG